AUGCGGUCGUUCUUCAGUUUCUUGACCACAUUAGCCGCAUUCGCCGUCGGAACUACUGCGUUGGAAGCUUCCGUUAUCAACUUUGGACCCGAAACGCGCACAGUGCAGGAUCUGGAGUCUCGGGUCAUCUCAAGCGCCACUCUUCAACGGCUAUUGGAGCUUUGGUCCAAGUCACCCACCACAUCGUCUCUAUACGGCUCAGAUGAUGAUGACAUUGAGAUCCUGAGCAAAUUGGCAGGAUCUCCGACACGCUUGUUCGGCGCGCUGGCUGCAGGUGGAGGACCGGAUAUACUGGUCGUAUUAGAAGGGCUGACUGGCGAUACCGGUAUGAUGAACUUGCCAUUCCAGCAAUGCUCAAUGCACCUGACCGUACAACGCUCAGGAAUUUCAAUUCACGAUGAGUACCGAAGUGAACUACUGACUUCCACUGUCGGGACGGACUUUCUGGACGUGGUCGAAGGAGUAGUCAGCCCAGAAAGCAAGCACUGCUCAUUCUCCCACCCUGGAAGCUCAAGGGAUUCUGUCAAGUCAUGCCUUCCUGAGAACCUCGAUCUUGCCCUCGGUACUGAGCUCCUCAACCAGGUUAUCGUUGGUGAAUCCUGGGUCAAUGACCGAAAAGGGCUCGUGGCUGCACACAUUGCAUUCAAGUCCGAGGGUCUCUCUGGUCAUUCAAAAGACCUCAAGUCUUUCUUGGCCGAUUUGCAUUCGCUGUCACUGAACGGCAGGAGGGUGGCGGCAAUAGUACUGUCGGGUUCAAACGCGGCAUCGAAGCCGUCUCACGCGCAGUCAGCGCCGAAACAUGCAAAGCUUAACACCAGGGACACCCAGUCUAUGACCACUCUGCGACAAACACAGAUGUCGCUUUCCCUCGCACCCAUGUGCUACGCGUCGAACUCUUCUUGCAACGAUGCAACAAACGCUUGCUCGGGACAUGGUGCGUGUUACGAGAAAACGGGCGACUGCUAUGCCUGCUACUGCUCGGAAGGAUGGGGGGGAUCCGCUUGCCAGAAAGGGGACAUCAGCUCCCCAUUCUUUUUGAUUGCGGGCGUGACUAUAGCUGUUAUCGUGGCGGUGGGCGCUGCUAUCGGAAUGAUAUUCCAAGUUGGAAAUCGCGAGCUACCAGGCGUGAUUAGUGCUGGCGUCGGGCCCGCCAGGGCACAGAAGUAA